UCUGGGAGCGGUAGUCCCUUCCUGCGCCGGCGGUGGGGAAGAUGGCGGCCCCUGUGGCUCCGGAAGCGGUGCAGCAGCAAAGGGGGGAGGAAAAUGGCUGUGGAAACAGCCCCAGCCCUGCAGAUUCAAGUGAGGAAAAAGUGGAUACAUCGUACCUGCAUGCUCACCGCAAGCUUGAGAACCUUCUUAAUAAGAGCAUGCGCAUCCGUAUGACGGACGGACGGACCCUGGUGGGAUGCUUCCUGUGCACCGACCGAGACUGCAAUGUGAUCCUUGGCUCUGCCCAGGAGUACCUCAAGCCCACAGACUCCUUCUCCACCGGAGAGCCCCGAGUCUUGGGCCUCGCCAUGGUACCAGGCCAUCACAUCGUCUCCAUCGAGGUGGAGCUGGAGAGCCUGGCCUCCCUGCAGUACCUGUGACGCCCUGGCGUCCUCCAGAGCCAAGACGCGUGUCCCACGGAGGGCGACUAGAGGUGCUCUCCUUCCCGUUCCGCGUGACCCGGGCUUUGUGGUGGUCAUGAAGAGCGGGAGCUCUGCCGGUCAAACCGGACCAGAGUGGUGCGUGAAGUGGGAACGAGGAGGUGUCUGCGGCCUCAACCUGGGAAGCGGUUGACUGUAAUGAUGCUCGUAUUUGUCUGGUGUUUGUGAAUUCAAGGAAAAAAACUCAGUGUUGUUUUUCUGAAGCGGUGUGUGUGUUUUAUCACACCUAGACCAGGGUGGGCCACUGUAGGGGGGCUCGGGGGCCACUCUCCACCCCCACGCAGGCUGCUCUUCCGCUGUGGUUCUGGUGCCAAAAUUUGCUGGCAGCAGCAAAUGAAAAUCUGUUUGCUGGUUUGUUAGGAAUGCACUGCUGCAGAGCGUAAGAAACACCGUGCAGCUGGAUGGGGGGAAUGACUGCUAGCUCUAUAGCAACAGAUAUCACUGUGCGGCAGAGGAUGCCCCCCCCCCGACCCAGUCGACACCCCUUCCCAGCUCACCCCGAAAUGCUGCACCUCUGUUUACUGCUUUUGAGCUCAGUACCCCCAGAUGCUUGCUUGCUCUUCACACGAGCACAAGAGUGUGCAGCUCACGGCUUGCAAGCAAAAUGCAGCUCGCAGGGGGUUUAGGUUUGCUUCCAAAUGGCUGGCAGAGAUGCACCUCCCUUUGAGCUGUGCUGUGAAGGACUCACACGAGCAGAGACAGCCGGAGCCCCUCGGCUAUUUCCAGAAGCCUGUGGGGCAGCGCUUGCAGUGCAGGGAGCAGGAGAGGGGCAGGGACCCUCCUUCCACUCACCUGGGCCCCAGCCCAGACCCUCACCACCUCGCCGGCUCCUUUGGCCGUCCUUUCUCUGCAUACACCUGUGCUCGCCUUCCAUCUUGUCCCCGUCCCCCCAAAUGAAAGAGGAAUCACAACAUGUUUUCAGCCUUUUCAUAUCAGCACUGAGAACUGGUGAGGAGUCAGAUGAAGAUGCAGAAGCCACCGAUUCCUGCGCCAUGACUCUCCUGCUCUCCAGCUGAAGGGGAGGCAGCAGCCCUUUUGCUGUACAGGAAAAGGCAGCGUCACCGUGAUGUUUGUGGGCAGGGGAACAUACAAACUGGUGCCAGGAACUCACUUCUUAACUUUUCCAAAGGAAUGUCUGUGAAAGUGUGAUGGUGCAGCCCCAGCCCUUUGUUAACCCCUAAGAGUCUGUAGAGCAAUAGCCAGGAAUUGCACAUAUUCUAAUGUCUUUCUUUAAAAAGACCUCUAAAAAUAAAAGUGGAAUUUGUAACAUAUGAAA